UUCUUUCUCCCCUUUUAAUUUCUCACAUACCUUUUACUUCCUUUUUCAUCUGCAAAUAGCGAUGGCACUCUUUAUAGGCAAAAUUCCACACCACAUCAACGAUCGUGAGCUUGAGGACUACUUUGCAAAGUAUGGCAAAAUCUCAAGACUCAGUCUAAAGCAAGGUUAUGGUUUUGUGGAAUUCGCAGACAAACGCGACGCUGAAGACGCUUUGAAAGAAACCCGUGAAGGACAGAAAACAGAAUUUAUCGUGGAAUGGGCAAAAAAUAAUGGUAAUAGAAGAGUAACAGCCGACAAUCAAUGCUUCCAUUGCGGCAAAGAAGGUCAUUGGGCGAGAGACUGUACCCAAAAAGGCGGUGAUCGUGAUCGUGAUCAAAAUGCACGUAAAUACCGGGAAAAGGCCUAUGCAUACAACAACAGUGGAAGCGGCAGUAGCUAUCACAGGAACAUUGAAGAUAGAUCAUCUACCUCAUACCGCUCCUCUAAUGCACCUUUGGAUGGUAGACACCGUGAUGAGAGACGAAGCAACAGAAAUGAUAGACGUCCCUAUGACCGUGAUGACCGUCGCGCUUCGUCCCCCCAUCGUGACACUUUUCACAACAGCAAUGAUAGAGGUCCAUCAUCUAGAUAUAACGAUAGAAGUGAAAGACGUGAUUAUGCUGGACACCCUGGCGAUGGUGAAAACAGAAGAAGAUAUGACAACAGAGGCUAAGCAUUUACAAGCUGUUACAGCAGAGUAAUUUUUCCCCAUUCAUGAUUGUUAUUCUUUCAAUUAAUCAUUAUUCAUAGUAAUAAUUAUUUUCUUGAUGACGAGCCUAUUCAAUAAAAACCUAGUUACGCUG